ACACUGUCUCUCUCUCUCUCUUUGCUGUGUAUAUAAGUAAGCAGUGGGUAGGCUUUUCAGCAGACAGAGAAAAACUAUGCUAGAGUACUGUAGAUGCAGAGAGGUGUGUGUAGUGUAUCGUCAGCCGUAUGUGUCUGAGACAGCGGCGUGGGAUCUACAGGAUGAUUGACAGUUGCCUGUGCUGAGUCACGUAGCAGAAUGCCCGGUGUGCCCUGUGGGGCCUUGCAACACCACACUGUGCCCGUAGCCUGUGCCAUCUUCUGUUCCUGGCUGUUGAUCCUGGUAAAUUCUGCCUUUUGCCAGAAACCUGCAAAGCUGCCUCUGGUGGGCCGCAAGCCUUUCCUGGCAGCCUGGAAUGCUCCACUGGAUAUGUGUAUGUUGAAGUACAAUAUCGAUGUCAGCCUUGAUCUUUUCCAUAUCAGUGGCAGUCCACGAGCCGUCCACACGGGCCAAAAUGUCACAAUCUUCUAUGCCAACCGCCUGGGCUACUACCCUUUCUACAACGAGCAAGGGGUUCCCAUCAAUGGAGGCCUACCUCAGAACAGCAGCCUUGAAGCACAUCUUCACAAAGCCCGAAAAGACAUCGCACACUUCAUCCCUUCGGAAGACUUUCGUGGCUUGGCUGUGAUCGACUGGGAGUUCUGGCGGCCACAGUGGGAUCGUAACUGGAACAAAAAGUACAUUUACCGACAGCGUUCAAGCGAGCUGAUUACACAGGCUUACCUUAAUGUGACCGACAAACAGGUGCAAGAGCUGGCACGCUUGCGCUUUGAGAAGAGUGCCAAGGAGUUCAUGCAGGGCACACUGAAGCUAGGCACACAAACUCGUCCGCAUGGACUCUGGGGUUUUUAUCUCUACCCUGACUGUCACAAUUACAAUGUACAUGCACAUGACUACAAUGGCACAUGCCCCCACCAAGAGAGCAAACGCAAUGACCAGCUGUUUUGGUUGUGGAACAGCAGCACUGCCCUCUUUCCAGCCCUCGCUAUACGCAAAGGCCAAAUGGACAGCAUUCACAACCUGCACUUCUCACAGAACAGGGUACUGGAGUCACUGCGACUGGCCUCCCUUACCUCAUUGCCCUAUGAGCUGCCUACAUAUGUAUACACACGCUUGGGGUAUAGAGAUGAGGCCAUGGCGUUUCUGACCCAGAAAGACUUGAUACAUACAAUAGGAGAAAGCGCUGCUUUGGGUGCUGCAGGAUUUGUCAUUUGGGGGGAUCUUAACCUCACUUCUUCAAGGCACAACUGUUCCAAAGUAAAGGCAUUUCUGAACCAUAGACUGGGUCAGUACAUCACUAACGUUACCUGGGCAGCAGAAAUCUGUAGCGACUUACUGUGUCAGUCCAAUGGGCGAUGUGUCCGUAGAGACCCACAGGCACCACACUACCUGCACCUGAGCCGCGGAAGCUAUCGGAUCCUGUCCAAUCGAAAUGGCACAUUCACCGUGACCAGACAGCAAUCUAAGAACGAGCAGCAGAUGCUGGCCGACAAGUUCCGCUGUCACUGUUAUCAGGGGUAUGAAGGAGAGCGCUGUGAUAGCAUAGAGCCAGAGGAGACAGAGGAGGACAACAUGAUCAAAGAGGAUGUGGAGAAGGAAAAGAAGAAACCAGAGGUCGACAAUGAUAUACAGGAUAGUGCUGUGCCUUUACAAAACACCCUCAUCGUGACUGUUCUGCUCCUCUUGUUGAACUUCAGUUCUAUUUAGAGGUGAAGUGUCUAUUUUGUGCACCACUGACAUCAUCAGGGGGCUGUUUUAUAAAACAAGUUUACCAAAGAAGACAAGCUUAUUUCAGUUAGUCUGAUUUACUUUGAACCAAAUCAACUGACAUUUAGUCAGACUAACUGAAAUAAACCUGGCUUAUUUGGUAAACUUGUUAUAUGAAACAGGCCUCAGGGAGAACUGCAAAAAUAACAAUUAAUGUUUCCAAACUGGUUUUCCAAACAGUCCUCCAUUGGUUGAAUAAACAGAUAGCCCCGCCCAAACUCACAUCAUUCGUUAAGACACUGUUGGCAUAUACAGUUGGCCAAAUUCACAAACAGAUAAAUGUUUUUAAAAUGCUACAGAGCCAAAGUUUACACUAGUUGUCAACCAAAAUAUUUUUUUUUGAUAGAUAGUAGCUUGAAAGCAAGUUGGUCAAUGGCUGAUAAAUAUAUAUGAGAAUUUGAUUUAGAGAUACCAAAUAGCUCAUGCUGCAAUUAAUUUUUAUUACAGCUGACAACUAAACUUAGCAACCUACAAAGCUUAAUUACAGUUGUAUUUUCUUCUAUCUCAGAUUAGAAAAAUGAUAAACUUCACCUUUAAUGAAAAGCGGCUAAAGAGCCACUUUAUGGCACAUCAUGACAAGUCAGGUUUUAAUAUUUGUGAUUUUGCAAUACUGAAAAAAUGAUAGCUGUUACAAUGGUGCUGUAUGCUAAUGUAGAUGAGAUGCAAGCCUUGUUUGCACAAACUUCAGUCUAAAUAUUUUUUUAAUAACUGUUCUGGAUGCGUGCUUGAUGAUUGUUAACUUGCCACUGUUUUCAGACAGGAAAGGUUAAAUCUAUGCAGUCUGUUUU